CCAAAGGAUGAAAGGGAGGAGGAGUUUUGGCUGUCCUUGCACAUCAGCUACCGUCACCAUCACACUCGAUCAAAGAAAACAGAGCUCAGUUCGAUUGCAGUUGCCGGGUUCUUUUCAACCGGGAUGCUUGCGCACAGCAAUAUCAAGGGCGAGGGUAGGUGCUCUAAAUAUAAGGGCGUGGUAGUCCCGUAUCUUUCCCCUGGUUGCCAGAAAAGAUGGGAAGACGCCCAUGCUGUGAUAAGCUGGGAGUGAAGAAGGGGCCUUGGUCGGCAGAGGAGGACAAGAAGCUCAUCAACUUCAUCCUCGCCAAUGGCCAUUGCUGCUGGCGCGCGGUCCCCACGCUCGCGGGGUUGCUCCGGUGCGGCAAGAGCUGCAGGCUCCGGUGGACGAAUUACCUGCGGCCGGACCUCAAGAGAGGCUUGCUCAGUGAGGCGGAGGAGAGGCUCGUCAUCGAUCUCCAUGCUCGCUUGGGCAAUAGGUGGUCAAAGAUUGCUGCAAGUUUACCGGGAAGAACAGAUAACGAGAUCAAGAACCUCUGGAACACGCACAUCAAGAAGAAACUAGUCAAGAUGGGCAUUGAUCCUGUCACUCAUCAGCCCCUCAAACAGCAACCGAGCCCUGUGCCCUCGCAGUCCAUCGUGACGGCCGAGUCCCGCUCCGACGACCAGACACACUCUCACGAGCACGAAGGCCAAGUCCCUUCCUCUGACAACACAAGCCCGGCCGAGGCCAGCUCUGAUUCCGGCAGCACAGACGCAUUGCUAAGCUCCUUAUUGGAAGACAGCACUUCGGUGCCCCAGCUGGAUGACAUAUGGCAGCUCACAACCAGCGAAGACAACUACGGCAGCACCGGCGCCGGCGCCGACCAGAUGCCGUGGGACGACAACGAGGGAAUCUACGAGUGGCUGCUGGACUACCAGGAAUUCAUCGUGGCUGAUGUGGAAUCCGAGAAUUUGGAAGGAGAGAGAUCCACGAAUGGCACGUCGAGUAGGUAGAAAAACUGGACCGGAGUUCUUGGUGCAGUGUAUGUGGACUUAAGUGUAGAUUAAUUACAUAUCAAUAAGUUUGACUGUUGAAGCAAGGCUGAUGAUCUUUGAUCCCCAAGCAAAAGGAAAAAAACAAACAAGCAUACACACAUAUAUGCCCGAAGUUGUAUGAAAUCGUAUCUAGAAACUUUUGUUCAAACAAAUAGGUUGAUGUUCAUACAUAUGAGAGUGCAUGUUGAAUUAUAGCACUUGGUCAUGUUCAGAAACUGUGUGCAGUAGUAUGUGUCCCUCUUUCUCCCUGCCUUGUUUGAGUUCAGAAUCAUCCUCUAC